UGUUGGGGAAACUUGACAGCGACAUGCAGAAGAAUGAAACUGGACCACUUUCUUACACCUAUACAAAAAUAAAUUCGAAAUGGAUGAACGACCUAAAUGUAAGAUAGAAAACCACCAAAAUCCUAGAGGAGAAAACAGGAAGCAACUCUCUGACCUCAGCUGUAGCCGCUUCUUACUAGACCUACCUCUGGAGGCAAGAGAAACAAAAGCAAAAGUGACCUACUGGGACCUCAUCAAGAUAAGAAGCUUCUGCAUAGCAAAGGAAACAACAAAAGCAGAAGGCAACCAGUGGAAUGGGAGACCAUAUUUGCAAAUGAUAUGUUGGAUAAAGGGAGAUGGUGGCUUAGAAAUGGACAUGCUAGGGGACCUUGAGUCCCUGCAGUUUGAGUAUGGGAUUCAAGAGGAAGAUCGCAGCUGGCUGUAUUUGCAGGGCCGUUCUCGAGGGCUGAUGAUCAAGUCCUGUGCCCAUGCAACCUUCUUCUGCAAGCUACUGUGUAAUUUGAGAGAAUCAUUCCACGAGAAGCAAACUUCCAGCUGUCUCUCAACUGGCGUGCUUGCUGACAUUCCCAAUGAUGAUGAGCUAAAGGUAGGCAUCAUCGGAGGCGGCCACCUCGGGAAGCAGCUGGCUCGUGUACUGCUUCAGCUUGUCCCCAUCCCUGCUGAGAACCUGAGGAUCUCUACUCGGAGGCCAGAGGCCCUGGAUGAGUUCCAGAACCUGGGAAUCCAGUGUUUUUACCAUAACCCUCAACUGGUGGACUGGGCCAACGUGAUAUUCCUCUGCUGCCUGCCAUCUCAGCUGCCUAAUAUCUGCCUGGAAAUUCAAACCCGCCUCGAGAAAGACCGCAUCGUGUACAGCUUCGUAGCUGCCAUCCCAAUAGCCAGGUUGAAACUCCUACUGAACCACACCAAUAUCUUGCGGCCUCAGUAUCAGUGUGUUGAAGAAUGGGUCAACAUCUGGGGGGCCAAUAAGGACAUCACAGCGGCCCUCCAAGAUCCUGUGAUUCUUCAGGCCACCUGCCCGUUCAGUUCGGCUGGGGGAAUAACCCUCAAUUUCAAGUGGCUGGAGGGAGUGCUGUACACAGUCCUAAACGUCUGCACCGCCAGGGACGUGCCUCACCUACGGGCGCUGCAGCUGCUGAACCAACUGCUCCUCUCUGUGCACUCGGCAGCCUGUGGGAAGGAUGGCGCGUCUUGCCCCACCCUCGAGUUACGUGAUCUUGUCAGCCAGGUCUACAGCAAGAACCUGCCUCAGCGGAGGCCUUUCCCCUGGUUUGAUCUGACUGCGGUGCAACUCAAGGAAACUCCCUUUAGUCAGCAUCUCUCAAUCAGUCCUGCUCUCCAGGACCACCUUACCUAUCGAUACUGUGAUUCAUUUGGUAUCUCCCUAACCAAAGAACAGCAGCCAGCGGUUUCCACGGGCUCUGCCUCUCAGUAAGAGAAGAGACCUCAGGAAUUUUUUUCCCUCCACAGUGCUUGCACCCUGAUUAUCACAAUUGUCACUGGGAGUCAUGCGAGUGUACUGUGUUUGCCACAUAUUUGG